AGUAAAAAUAGCUUCUUAAGCAUCCCACAGACACACCAUAUCACCUUUCUUAGCUGAGAGAAACUAGUGCCAAUCUAUUUGAGAAGCUAAUCUUCCCUCAAAGCAAUGUGGACCCCGUAGCACAGCCUUGGAAUAAGGCUGUCCAUAAAGGAUACAAAAGAAAACCCCCAACAAAACUGCUUAUUUACACUUUAGGCAAUUCUUAGAAUCUACAAAACAGACUUUGCCUGCUACACAGAUUGUGAGAUUAGCAGGAAGUCAUGGAUUCUCUAGAGGACACGGGGAAAGGAGAUUUGAAGCCUGAAAAUUGUAGUCCAAAAUCAAUAACAUCUUUGUUCUUCAACCCUCUCUCUCAGAAAUGCUUUGGAAAAAAGCCUGGGAGGUUCCCAGGGAAAAAAUAUUUUCCAAGUAGAGGAGAUGGGGAAGGUGGGAGCAAGCAAGAACUAUGAGGUGGCGUCAUUAAGUCUUCGCAGGAAGUGGAUGUACCCAGCCCUGUCCUGGCAUUCAGUGAGGAUCCUACCCUAUCUGGUCUGUGAGCCUCUAACAGAUGUCCAGAUUGUUAAAGAAAACCUGGAAUCAGACUACUUUGGAAGGCUUGGACAUAGAUUGUCAAUCAUACGAAAUGUGAACAACCAAGUUCUCUUCUUUUCCCAGAGAAGCCACGCUGAGUUUGAAGAUAUGACUGAUUCUGAGUGUGAAGAAAAUGCAUCCCAUACUAAAAUUGUAAUAUGUACAUAUAAAGAUAGCCACCCUAGAGGUAUGGCGGUAAGCUUCUCUGUGAAGUGUCCAGAUAUGUUUACUCUCUCCUGUAUGAACAAAGAUAUUUCCUUUAAGAAAAUGAGUCCUCCUGCUGAUAUCAAUGAUGAAAAAAGUGACAUCAUAUUCUUUAUGAGAAGUGUUCCAGGAUUUUACAAUAAGAUGCGAUUUGAGUCUUCACUGUAUGAAGGAUACUUUCUAGCUUGUAAAAAGGAGGGGGAUCUUUUUAAACUCAUUUUGAAAGAAGACAUAGAUAGGGAUGACUCUGUAAUGUUCACUGUUGACUACAAAGAGCUAAAUAUUAAAAUUUCAUAGUUUGAACUUUCUGAGUUUUUGUCUUCCAGAAAAGUUAAGUUUGAGUCUGUAAUUGUAAUGAUGAAAUAAAAUGAAUAAUGAUCUCAAAAGAUACCACUAAGAAAUGAAUAGUAAGCUUUCACAAAAUUGAAUUGACGCCCUUUUUGCAGAUGAAUAAAUCAUUUGUAUAAUGUAAAAAGAUGCAUAGUUUGAAAACAUAUUCUACAUUGUUGACAUUGGAAUAUAGAUUAUACUCAAUAAAAGUGUUUUGAAUCUUUUGGGUUAUGAUGAAAGAUACUGAUAUUUGAAUUUUCUAAUUAUUAAGAAUAUCAUUAAAACCAUCAAAAUUUUAUAAAGAGA